CCAAACUGUUACACGGGCUUUUAGUGUCCGACUUAUGUUGAGCAUGCUCCCAGUUCCGGCCCAUGAUCGGCUACCGCCCCGUACACCUGUGCCCCUCGCCUGCUCCCUAGUCCCGCCCUGUGCGCGGCUGCACCCCCGCUUCCGCCCCUACCUGCUAGCUGAGUCAGACUUUCUCUCAGAAGCUUGUUCAUGCCACUACUGAAAGUAUUAUUAUUUCUCCGAAGGCAACAUAUGCAUUGCGAUGCUUGGGAGGCAAAGCUUGACGGAAGCUUUAUGGGCGUGUGCCAAUAAUUCACUGAUAGUUCAGGGAAAGCUUGUUCAUGCCGCUACGCUGAGAAGAUUUUAUGGGUCUGAUCUAAUCAUAAACAAUUACCUCAUUGAUAUGUAUGCAAAAUGCAGUAGGAUAAUAAUGGCACAGAAUGUGUUUGAUAAAAUGCCCGCCAGAAAUGUAGUUUCAUGGACAGCUUUGAUGUGUGGGUAUUUACAGGGAGGCGCAGCAAAACACACACUCUUACUUUUAUCUGAAAUGAUACAUUCAGAUGCACGCCCCAACGAAGUCACUUUCUCCACCAACUUUAAGGCAUGUGGGAUUCUGGGUGCCAUAGGACAGGGAAGGCAGAUUCAUUGCUUUUGUGGAAAGAGUGGGUUUGAAUGGAACCAAGUUGUUGGAAAUUCUUUAAUAGAUAUGUACGCGAGAUGCGGGAAAAUAGCUGAGGCUGAAAAUAUGUUUUUUGCAAUGCCUGAUAAAAGACAAAUCACUUGGAACUCUAUGAUAUCAGGAUAUGCACUUCAAGGAAUGGGGCAAAGAUCUUUAACCUUGUUCAAACAAAUGCAAGAGCACGGAGAAACGCCUGACAACUUCACCUUCGCAAGCACUUUGAAAGCGUGCACUUCUUUAAGAGCCAUCGGUGAAGGAAACCAAAUCCACGGUUUUCUAAUCGUUAGAGGACUCCCCAUUUACGACAACAAAGUCACUUCUGGUGCACUCAUUGACAUGUAUGCCAAAUGUGGAACCUGCUUACUCGAAGCCCAAAAGGUUUUUGAUCUAGUGGAGCCAAAAAGCAUUCUUUCCUGGACUUCUCUAAUUAUAGGUUAUGCGCAACAGGGAAAUCUAAUGAAGGCCUUCGACUUGUUCAAAGAGCUUAGGGAGGAGAGUGAACUUCCCAUAGAUGAGAUUCUUGUGUCCAGCUUGAUGGGAGUUUUCGCUGAUUUUUCCCUUGUUGAGCCCGGGAAACAGUUACACUCUUACUCCAUCAAACUUCCAUGUGGUCUAAACACACCAGUCCUUAACUCAGUCAUUGAUAUGUAUCUUAAAUGUGGGUUUAUAAAUGAAGCCGAAAGACUCUUUGGUGAUAUGCAGCGAAGAAGUGUAAUCACAUGGACGACAAUGAUAACAGGCUAUGGGAAGUACGGAAUCGGAAGAAAAGCAGUUGAGCUCUUCAAAAGGAUGGAUUUUGAACCUGAUGGGGUUACCUACCUUGCUUUACUCACUGCAUGCAGUCAUUCAGGACUAAUUGAAGAAUGCCAAAGAUACUUUUCGAGAUUGUGCAAGGAACCCAAAGUGAAACCUCAGCUGGAGCACUAUAGCUGCAUGGUUGAUGCUCUGGGUCGGGCUGGGCGGUUAAUUGAAGCCAAGAAUCAUAUUGAGAAUAAUGUAUCACUAAAAUCAAAUCCAGAGAUUUGGAAGACACUCCUAAGUGCAUGUAGAACACACAAGAAUGUGGAUUUAGGAGCAGAAGUAGGUGAUAUUUUAUUAAGAUUGGAGGGUGAUAAUCCAUCAAACUAUGUCAUGCUAUCUAACCUAUAUGCAGAUAUCAGCAACUGGAAACAGAGUGAAAACCUCAGGUUUCAGGCAAAAGCGAAAGGGCUAAAGAAGGAAGCAGGACAGAGCUGGGUAGAGAUCAAGAAAAAGAUGCACUUUUUCUACAACAGAGAUGAGAGACACCCCCUAACCGAAUCAAUCCACAAGAUUCUGAAAGAGAUGGAGAGAAGAAUGAAGGCAGAGUUGGGGUAUGCACACACAGUGAGCUUAUCGUUGCACGAUGUGGAAGAUGAGUCAAGGGAGGAAAGCUUGAUGUUUCACAGCGAGAAACUAGCAAUCGGGCUGGCAUUGAUUCAUGAUAAUGAGAGUAGGAUUAAUGAGGCAGAACCGGUUCGUGUUUUCAAGAACCUUAGGGUUUGUGGGGAUUGCCAUGAGUUCAUCAAGGGAUUGUCCAAGAUUCUAAAGGGAAAAGUUUUUCUGGUAAGAGAUGCUAAUAGAUUCCACAAGUUUGAGAAUGGUGAUUGCUCUUGUGGUGACUAUUGGUGAUAGUAUUGCACAAAGACUUCAGAAAUGCGUGAUUUUUCAGGAGCAAUUACUGCCAAACUUGGAAAGUACUGCCAAUUUUAUAGUCUGGUACUACCCAAAAAUGUGAGUUCAGUUCGCCCUCACCGGCAGUUUGAAGCUGUGGAAAAACGCUGCCCGUCAACUUCAACAGAAUGGUAUCCCUCCCGAUUUGGACCUCAAUAAAGACGCGGUUGCAGAUACUUGGAAAGCUGCAUUUAAGUUAGAUACCUCAGAUGUUUGGUUCUCCCACAUGGCUGCCAUGAUGGGAAAGUACUGCCAAUUUUGGAGGGGCUCCACCUCGCUAGCUGAUUGCUCUCCCAACUCCUCUGCCACCGGAAGUGUAAAAUGUAUAAUGACAGGUGAGCGUUCAAGCAUAUUUGACUCUGUCCAGUGGGUUCACUCCAUGGACACCCACAAAAUUAUGUUGGACACUAUCUUCUCAGAACAUAUUGGGAUCUGGUCGUCUCUGCUUCCGCUACUGUCGGAGAUAUCACGGAUGAUCAUGUGCAUGCUGCUCUCACUUUGAACCUGAGCCCCAAUUCCAUUGAAUUUCAGUCUGACUGCCGGAAAGUUCUGGAAAACAGUGCCUGGUGUUUGGUCUGGAUCUCACAUCUCAACACUCGCCGGAGUGAUUUCAUCGAUCGUCACUACCACAGUGAGACACCUGAAUAAUGGAACACAUGCAUGUUAAUUCUCUAUAUAUUAUUCUUCUGAUGAUGAUGAACAACUACAUGAUUUUGUGGUGCAUUUUUUUGAGGGAGGGCUACUUUGGGGAUUUAUUUUUGUGGUUUGCAGGUAAAGUUUCAUUAAAUAAGUUACCUUUAUGGCUUUGGUUGGUAUUGUAGUACUGUAAUAGCCUUUUAACAAAGGAAACAAUUGUUUGUACACACUUUUUGUCCACAUUUCAUACACAUGUAUGUGAAUAAGCUAUUUUUUUGUCCGGA